AUGCCUCGCCACUCAAAAGUUCGAUUAGUGGAAGCCCCAGAUGGAGGAUGGGGCUGGAUGGUUGUGAUCAGCUGCUUCUUAGUGACCGUUUGCACGAGGGCCGUGUCCAGGUGCUUCUCCAUAUUUUUUGUGGAGUUCCAGAAUUAUUUUGCUCAGGAUUACGCCAUGACAGCAUGGAUACACUCCACUGUCGACUGCACUACAAUGCUUUUCGCACCUGUUGGGAGUAUUAUUAGCAAUCGGUAUUCCACUAGGGUGGCAGUGAUUCUUGGAGGAGUGUUAGCUUCUGCUGGCCUCAUUCUCAGCUCAUUUGCUACUUGCCUGGAGUACCUCUAUCUCUCGCUGGGAGUCCUGACAGGUUGUGGAUAUGCUUUAGCUUAUUCUCCAGCCGUAUCAAUUGUGGGAAAGUACUUCUGUAAGAGGAAAGCUGUGGCAUAUGGGUUGGCCAUGUCAGGAAGUGGAAUUGGAACUUUUGUUUUAGCCCCAGUGGUUCAGCUGCUGAUUGAACAGUACUCUUGGCGUGGGGCAUUACUGAUCCUCGGAGGCCUUGUAGCUAAUAUUUGUGUCUGUGGUGCUUUGCUGCGGCCCCUCCCUCUUAUUGAGGAUCUGUCCAGUUCGACCAUAAGUAAUAAUGCAAGCAGAAAAAAUUCUGAGGAAUGCAGCUAUAAACCACAAUGUGAUGACUUUCAACUGCCCAGCCCUUCUGCAGAUUCAAGUUUCAUCAGCAAAGAGAGUGUCAACAAGCAACCUUGUAGCUGCUGUCCAUCGUAUAAAGAAUAUGCCUUCCUCCUGACGCCAGACUUCCUUGUAUUUGCUGCAUCACUGCUGUUCUUAGCCUAUGGCUGCAACACUCCUUUUGUACACCUUGUACCAUAUGCGAUAAGUGUUGGGGUCAGCCAACAACAAGCAGCCUUCCUAAUGUCAAUACUUGGCAUCAUAGACAUUAUUGGCAACAUUUCAUUUGGCUGGCUAACAGACAGAAGGUGGUUGAAGAAGUACCGCAAAUACUGUUACAUUUUGACAAUUGGGCUGGAUGGUCUCUGCUCUCUGUUCAUUCCCAUUCUGAGAUCUUUUCCACUCCUUGUUCCCUAUGCCGUUCUUUAUGGAUACUUUGAUGGGGCUUAUGUUGCUCUUAUCCCAGUAGUAACAUCAGAUAUAGCAGGAAAUGCUUUCCUCUCCUCUGCUCUGGGAAUAGUUUACUUUAUUCAUGGGAUACCUUAUCUGAUCGGACCACCAAUAGCAGGUUGGUUGGUGGAUACAACAGCAAGCUAUACAGCAGCUUUCCUCGUCAGUGGGUUGUCCAUGAUAAUCAGCUCCACGUUGGUCAUUUCUGCUGAUUGGAUAAGCAAAUGCAGAAAUUCAGUUGACCUUCAAACUGCUGUCAUAGAGUCAGAACCUAGCACUACAACUUUUCAGACUGCAUCAAAUGAUCCAAUAUAAAAACAAGAGUUCGUAGAACACUGUUACAUUAAGAAAAUACAGGCAAAAAAAUUACUGGCACAUAGAAAAUUCCUCAAAACGUGGAAACAUUUUAAAGUAG